GCACAUCGACCAGUGCAGGCAGGGGAGGCAGGUGUUUGUUUAUAGCGAUGGAGAUGUUACACAAUGUGGACUCGAAAAAUAGAAACAUGUUCUUAGCUGGUGAAUAACUGGCUUAUCACACCUACAGGUGUCUUUGGAAGCAGAUAUGGAAGGACGUUGUCUCAGUGGAUUAUCCUAAGUUUAUUCCCCUGCUAGUCUGAUCUGCAGAAUGGAAUAUGACUGUAGAAUAUAACACCAGCUGAAACUGUAGUUUGUACUUCUGAAGAACAUUUGUAUUGAUUAAUACUAUUCAGGAUACAAUUGUCUGCAAUUAAUCUGAAGGAACGGGAGCUACGCAGAUGAUUUGUUAAUCAAUGGUGGAGCUGCUGGUAUUUCAAUGCAGGUCACGAAAAGAGAUUUCAAUAUUAUGCGUAACAGUUUGAGGAUCGCGAAGAGUUCAGUCGGGAAUACAACAAGAAGAGUGACCUAUAGGAGAGUGAUUAAAGUAUAGGCAGUCUCCAUGGUGAUUGCUAUAGUGGCGCUGCAGACUUUGUUGCCACUGACACCCACAUUGGGACCAGAAGUCAUACUUUGAGAAAACCACGCAGGAAUGAAAUGAAAUUCUGAUUAGGUUUGUUUUCUGGAUUUAUCGCAGAUAGACACUGUUACUCUAUACACCUAGUCAUAAUUAUACAUGAUUAUACAAACUAGAUUACAUGUCUCCUUUAGGAUAGAAUAAAACGCAGACAACUACGCAUUUUGUGAACUGGGUCCACUGACUACAGUGGUGAGCGCCAUCAACCAGGAUUCCUAGUUAGCUAACGUGUGAAAAUCUCGUCGACGAUGUCGCUGCUACUGUUAAAGACGAAGAACCUGUCGUGGCAGGACCACACGAUGAACGUGGAGGUGAUGCUGUCGCCCAACCACUCGCAGCUGCUGUUCAACAAGCACAAGACGCUGGGCACCCAGUACAUCAAGGAGGUUGACCUGUACCAGAAGCAGAUCAGCACGCUCGUCAAGGACAUCACCGUGGAGAAGAGGCUCAUGGCGAGGUACCAAAACCGGCUGGUGUCCCGGCAGAAGGAGCUGAUUGUACAGAGGUCCCACUCCGCCCAGGAGAUGAGGCGGCUUCAGCAGCUGGACAUGAAGGACAGGAGCAGGUCAGCCCCAGUGGGGUCAUCCCGCGGCUCGAGUCCACCACGCCCACUGGGCAGGAAAUCCCGUGGUGUCUUCCUGACUGAGAUAGAGGAAGACAAGAUGUCCAAGCUGCCAGCUCUGCCCUCCAAGAGGACAAAGAUACAGACGAUCGUUGUUUUACCCAAAACUCUCGAAAAACCAAAACCAAAACCAAAACCGCCUAACCUCGGUCCCAAGAGGUUUGUGACAUUCGGGGAGCGUCCGCCUUCUGACUCCGAGUCAGAAGAGUCAGAGGAGGAGGAGGCACCCGAGACCGCUUACCCCUUGGAGGAGAAGAUCAAGAACUUCCUGGACGAAGUGAAAUCAUUUAACGAGAAGCCUGUUCCCAAAAGACAAUUGCAAGGAUCUGCCGAGCUGUUCAGAUAUUUGAAGGAGAACGAGAGCGCGCCUACCAGCCCUGUGGGCAAGAGGUACAACACGUUGACGCUGGACAGACAGAGACUCGAAGCAGCCUUUGACUCCUUCUGUAAGAGCAAGUCCCGGGAGGACUUGGUGAAAAUGAUGCGUUUGGCAGCUAAGAUGAAGGCGAACGUGGCUCAGGCUAGAAACACCUCCAUGGUUCCAACGAUGUCUGCUAUGAAGUCUUCCCGUGCCUUCCUCUCAAUGAAGGCCAAUGCCGCUUCUCCUUCCAGCAUAAACAGUCCCACGUAGAACAAUAUGUGAUCACUACCUUCAGUCAAUGAUCUUUAUAAUUUUUCGAAGCAGAGAGUGUUAUAUAGCGAGUUUGUGCCUAAUGAUUAUAUGUGUGCAUCAUCAAAGAAGAUUUUGAAAGGUAACGACGUUGGACAUCGUUGCAGAAACAGAUGCGCGCAGUUUCUGGGGGCAGAGGCCUCGAAUAGGUGACACCAGUCAACGUUAUGGUUACUCAUUGUUUCUACAAGAGGAACUCUGCGACUAUUUGUCAGACUUCAUGACAAUACUCAUAUUUCUGAUUUGCACAAACGUAAUGAAUAAUGAAACUUGGAUUUUGUAAAACAAUUGCCACCCUAACCCAAACAUAAAACUGAUCUUGAGUUGAUACCAUGAUCCAUCCUUAUGGAUAAGACCUUUUCGCAUGACCACGGGACUGUUCAUGUCUGCCCUUUCAAGAAAAAGACAACGUGUCAUGGCACGAGGCUGCAGAUCCCCCGUGUAGAGUUCUGUCCCUUAAAUGUGCUAGGAUCCGAAUGCUCUGGAUUCACCUUUGGUUAUGUUCUGAUUAAGAUCUUUGGCUGGUCAGCACUAAACCUGUGGGUUUCCCCAAGGUGGUAACUGUCGGAGGCGUGCUUCACUUCGAGAUGUGCUCCCUCUUGCUGUAGCGGGGCGGUCGGGUAGCCUAGUGGUUAAAGCGUUCGCUCGUCACGACCAAGACCCGGGUUCGAUUCCCGACAUGGGCACAAUGUGUGAAGCCCAUUUCUGGUGUCCCCCGCCGUGUUAUUGCUGGAAUAUUGCUAAAAGCGGCGUAAAACCAUACUCACUCACUCACUCUUGCUGUAGCUGAAAUAUUGUUGAAAGCGGAGAUAAGCCCUCACUCACUCACUUACCCAAUCUGUCUAUCACAGACUAUAGACCCGUCAUGAUUUCAUAUACUAAAUGUACAUUUCCAGACCGACGGGAUCCGGAUCGAUGAACUAACAGAUCAUGUUUAUGGCGUUCAUGGUGUUGCCUUUCAAAACACAAGAGGAGUUUGGGUUUGGUUCUACAGAGUUUGCAGGUUUAUUCUAUAGAGCCAGCGUCCCUUGUUCUUGUUUUACUUUUAUACGUUCUACCGACGCUGGAGCUCACGUGCUGAGUGCAUUCAAUCUGCGACAAUAAUAUUGUCUUUCGUAUGAACAUCAAAUUGCACUUGGUACUUUCUUAUCCGGAAAACAUGCUGUCUGGGUACACAUGUUUCCUCGGGAGUAACGGUACUUGUCCUAAAGUCAUGCUGUUAUUUUAGCAGACCUGGAUUGCGUGUCUUGAAUUUAACAAGUGUUUCGUCACCUUAGGUCUUUAUUAGAAAAUGGUGUGGAUGAUUUGACCCGCCUGUGGUGUUUCGGGUAUACUGACAGUUGUGAGCAAUUGCAGUGGCUAAUAUGCUUUACAAGAGACGCACUAAUUUCUGAUUCCAAAGACAUCUUGUACAUGGAAAUGAACACAAGAAACUGGAUGUACAGAAGAAAGAUAUCUCUGCUCUCAAGAUCCGAGUUUUCCAUUUCGUAUUUUUGUAUCAACCGCAGAUAAUUCUUCUAGAGUGACUUGUAAAUGUAAUGACAUCAGGGAAGGUGUUAAUUUUAUAUGUCUUAUCAGAAGAAGAAUUAUUAACGUGAACGUGAAGUCUCAUACCCUGUGGCUCUGUAUACUAACGAUCGUGAUGCUGGGUCGCCCUUGGUGACCCUUCAGCUGCAACUCGCCAACAAGGUCUCUGCUUUUCGAAUUUGCUUUUGCAAUGAGAGAGAAUUACCAAACCAUGACUGUGAUGUUGUAAAUAUACAAUGCAUUUAUUGAUUAAAAUUUGAA